CCGGCCCAGUGGCCGGGGCCGAGUCCGGCGUGGCAAUGGCGGCGCCACAAAACGGCUACCGCAGCAGCGGCACCCGGCGCAUGGUUGGUCCCUACCAGCUUGCGAAGACCAUUGGCGCCGGCAGCAUGGGCAAAGUCAAGGUUGCGCUGGACACACGGACAAACAAGCGGGUAAGUGGCGCUGCUAUGUAUUGCGCUGUCUAUUUAAGUGACACUACCCAUGAUCCAUAUGAUUCAUGAUCCAUGAUUUGUGGUGCACGCUGCACGCUACACGCUACGCUAAUGCUAACACACACCCACACAAUUCAUUUGCCGAUUUUUGCUCAUGCCGUAGGUUGCCGCCAAGAUAAUCCCGCUCCAGCAGCUCGACGCGCCCAUCUACUUUCCAAUUGGCGUCGACACCACGACGGUGCCGCUACCACGUUCUGGCGGACAGGCU